UUCAUAUUUUUGUAUUCCAGCAUUAAUUUCAUCAAAUCAAGGCUUUCAACCAAAAUUCAGGUCUUAUAUUCCUGAUCGAUGUCCCUACAAUGCCUUACGAUCCAAUUCAGGACGUUGAUAAGUUUAGAGAAGAGUAUGAAAGCGAUGAACAGUGGCAACUUAGAAAAGCCUUCAUAGAACGAUGGAGCGGCGAGCACCCAGAAGACAGGCUGCUUUGCCUGGCCAGGGUCUUCGUCAACAUGGAGUUCAUGGGCUGCCGGUACCCACCGGAAGUCAUGAAAGAGGUCGCCGCUAUGUCCGAAGAGAUAGCCAAAGCGCACAGGCAAUCAAAGAAAGGGAUGCUGCAAAGGACUUUUGUGUCAGCCUCAGACGCAGCCGAAGACAGGGCUCGGGGUGUCAAGAGACAGGGAGGUGUGGUGGUAGGAGGUCCAUCACCAAAGAGUACUAAGAUAAACUUCUUACGGCAAGGACAGGCUCCGGAGAAUGAUGAGGAAAAGCCAGAAUCUGGUUCAGACAACGAAGAAGAGAUGGAACCUAAAAACAAAGACAGCACAGAAGUUACUCCAACAAAUGACAUAGAAAAAUACAAAGUAGAUAGCAAUGAAUAUAUGAAAGAAAUGCAAGCUCUUAAGUGUUUAGAUGUGAGAAGUUUUCAUGAUUCAAUGUUCAUGACUUCGUUUGGGAGGAUGGUGUUGUUGAUACGACCGUGGACGUCUAAGCUUGGGAAUAUACAGGCUAGCUGUGCAGCGUGUCGUCUCACCCACACCGGCACGUACACUAACGGAGCGUACUCUCUGACUAUAAACGACACGCUCAUAGCACAAGCUACUGGCUCUACGAAGGCUGAGGCAAGGACUGCGGUGGAGACGCUGGCUUGGAAUAGGAUACGCGGCGAGUGCGUUAGCGUGGUCAUCAAAGAACAGUUCAUAGCACAAGGAGACUCGCGCAUCACGAGCGAUGACGUCACGGGGAAUAAGAAGCGGAAACAGCAACGGGACGAUCAAUUUGGGACACCUAUUGAGAGCUCCAAGGCUUCCAAGAUGAUGAAGCUGAUGGGCUGGGCGGGCGGCGGGCUGGGCGCCGACGCGCAGGGCAUAGAGGAGCCCAUCAAGCCGCACUUGCAAAUGGUAAACCGCGCCGGCCUCGGCAGCCAGGCGUCUGACAUCUCCUCGCUCAGGCGAUCAGCUCACGACCUUAUGCGUCGGUAUAUCAGGUCAUCCUGCCUGGACGUGGACCUGGUGUUCAGCGCAGACUUCAGCAAGGAGGAGCGCGCGGCCCUACAUAUAGUGGCCAAGAAGCAGGGCCUGGCCAGCCACAGCUACGGGAAGGACGAGGACAGAUUUCUAGUCGUGAAGAAGAAGAUAGACCCCUUCUCGAUAGUGCGAGCCGUGGUGGAGCAGGGGGGGUCUACUCCGAAGUACCAACUGUUCAUACCUGCUACAGUGAAGAGAGGCAGAUAGAGGAACUUAGCUCGAACAUAUUGUUAAUGUACUUACUGGUACCGCAUCUACAUAAUAUAGUAGAGACAUUUUUAACUUUAAAAUUUGUGUCUUUGACUUUUAAAUAGUAUAGCGGUAAUGUAAAAUAUUUUUGGUGUCUAUCAAUCUAACUAUCAAUUUAAUUCAAGUUUGGUUUUUUGUCUCUUUUACUCAAUGUAUUUAUUUACGCCACACAAAUCACAGACACUGCCAAAAAUCAUAAUGUCGACCAAUCGAAAAGCAAGAAGAGCCAUACCCACCCACUUUAUUAGAUAGUAAAAGCAAUUGAUAUAAGAGCAAUAAUUAGGUACAAUUUAGGUAUCUAGAGCAAUAAUUAAGUAGAUAGGUACUUAUAUUCACUAGAUUAUGAUGAAUAAAAAAGUUUUAUUUUACUUA